AUGCCGAUCAACCAGCCCUCCAACCAGAUCAAGUUCACCAACGUCUCAAUCGUGCGAUUGAAGAAAGGCAAAAAACGCUUCGAGCUCGCCUGCUACAAGAACAAACUCCUCGAAUACCGCUCCGGCGCCGAAAAGGACCUCGACAACGUCCUCCAGGUGCCGACCAUCUUCCUCUCCGUCUCCAAAGCCCAAACAGCCCCGUCCGCCGAACUCGCCAAGGCGUUUGGCGCCGACACCCCCGCCGAUGACAUCCGGCAGGAGAUCCUCCGCAAGGGCGAGGUGCAGGUGGGCGAGCGCGAGCGCAAGGAAAUCAUCGAGCGGGUCGAGAAAGAAGUCCUCGACAUCGUGUCCGGGCGGCUGGUCGACCCGACGACGAAACGGGUGUACACGCCGGGGAUGAUCUCGAAGGCGCUGGAUCAGCUGAGUUCGGCGAGCGGACAGAUGCAGCAACAAGGGGAAACGGGUAGCGGGGCGGAAGACGGGAGUCGCCCGCGCAAGCCGCUGUGGACGGGCGUGACGGCCACCAAGUCAGCCAAAAGUCAGGCGCUGGACGCGAUGAAGGCGCUCAUCGCGUGGCAGCCGAUUCCGGUGAUGCGCGCGCGCAUGCGUUUGCGGGUUACCUGUCCGGUGUCGCUUUUGAAGCAGAGUGUGAAGGGGGCGGGGGCCGCUGCGGGAGGUAGUCCCAAGGAGACGCCGCCGUCUGGAGGCGGCUCGAAAUCGAACAAGAAGGGGGGCAAGGGAUCGAAGAAGUCUGCCCGACAGCAGGAGUCCGACGCAGAGGACGAGUCGAGUGCGGGACCGGCACCGCCCAAGGCACCGGGGACCGUUAAGGACAAGAUUCUCAGCUACAUUGAGUCGGCCGAGUCACAGGAAGUCAUGGGCGAUGAAUGGGAAGUGGUUGGAUUCGCAGAGCCAGGAGCGUUCAAGGGGUUGAAUGAGUUUGUGGGCAAUGAGACUCGGGGACGGGGACGAGUGGAAGUCUUGGAUAUGGCUGUCACUCAUGAAGAGUAG